CAACUCACCAUGAAUGGCGUCUUUCGAGAUCUCCUCGAGAAGUGCGUCAUCGUUUACCUUGAUGACAUUUCGAUCUACAGCAAGACACAGGAACAGCACCUCAAGGACCUCGAGCAAGUUUUCCAGCAACUGCAAGAACACCGACUCAUCACGAAGGGCUCCAAGUGCGAGUUCCUAAAAUCGGAACUGGAAUUUUUGGGACAUGUCGUGGGAGCGGACGGGAUCGAAAUCGACCCGAAGAAAAUCACAACGAUUCGCGACUGGAAGCCGCCGAUGAAUUUACAGGAGCUGCAGAGUUUUCUCGGGUUCGUUAAUUACGUUCGGAGGUUUAUCCCCAAUAUGGCAGGGAUAACCGGACCGUUAACUGACCUGCUGCGGAAGGGCACUUUGUUUGAGUGGGGGGAGAGACAGCAGACUGCUUUCGAUGAACUGCGAAAUUUUCUGACGUCGCCCCCGGUCCUCCGAAUCGCCGACACAUCUCGACCGUUCGAAGUCUUGACGGACGCUAGCGAUUUCGCCAUCGGUGCAAUACUGUUACAAGAUUUCGGCGACGGACUCCAACCCAUCGCGUAUGAGUCUAGGAAGUUGCAGGCAGCCGAGCGCAACUACCCCGUCCACGACAAAGAAAUGCUCGCCAUCGUGCACGCAUUCAAGGUGUGGCGAUGCUACCUGACGGGAGCCGACGUGACAGUACGGACAGACCAUAAAUCCCUACAGUACCUCCGCGCACAGCCGAACCUCAAUCCACGGCAGAUUCGCUGGCUGGACUUCCUCGAAAGCAACGUCCACUACACCAUCAUGUACAAACGUGGGGCGAAUAACAUCGCCGACGCACUGACAAGACCAUCCGCCCACCUCGCCUCCAUCAUCGUCGCAAAAUCCAACCCGCUGCUCACUGGCCUAUUUACCCACGGAUAUACCACAGACCCUUUUUUCACCCGCAACCUCCACCAGCAAGCCACCACAGCCAAAGGACCCGACUUCCUAAAAGCUGAGGGGGGGUAGUGUAAGGAAUUUUAUUCCUUA